UCUUGCUUGUCACAAGGUCAAUAUAUGUGUGUUAUCUAGUGUGGCAAAGUGGCUUAUUUACAUAUUAUUUGUUUCUUUAUCUGCAAUAUUCGACCGAGACAAAAAUGAUAAAACUUUGUUAAAAUGUUUUCUUCGACAGGAUCAGCAAAAUUCGAAAGCAGCCUUAAAAUGGAUGUCGUGGAUCAACCAAAUUCGAUAUGCCACAUUCAGUCGAUACACAUGUACCCUUUGCAACCACCCGAGCCAGAUAAAUCAGUACCCUUUGGACUUCUGGCGGGCGAGAUGGUACUUCAUAUUGGCAGUUCAGUCGACGGAUUGAUUGCCGUCACAAAUUACCGACUCUAUUUGCAGAAUGGCGAAAAUCAGUUUUAUAUCCCACUGGGAUUGAUCGAAAAUGUCGAAAUUAGAGAGCUGUUUUAUUUGCAACUGUUUUGUAAAGAUGCUAGGACAUACAGAUGCACCUUUGAAAACAACGAGACUGCUCUUACUUGGUAUGACCAAGUGUCUAAAGCGGCAGAACCUCAACAGCAACUGGAACAAGUAUUUGCUUUCUACCAUUGCAUUUGGGCAAAGGAAAAAGGUGGUGAAGAUGUAGCCUUCAAAAUCGAGUCCCAGAAAAAGUAUACAUUCGAUAAGGAUAUGUUCGAAAGUGAGAUGGCUAGGAUGCAGUUUCAAGGCGACUCUUGGAGAAUCACAAAAGCCAACGAAAAUUACAAGCUGUGUCCCACCUAUCCACCUUAUCUUCUAGUGCCUUCCUGUAUCAAUGACGAGAUGUUGGAAAGUGUCGCGAAGUUUAGGAGUUCCCGUAGAAUUCCCGCUGCCGUGUGGAGACACACAAGAAACGGGGCUAUAAUAGCCCGAUGUAGCCAGCCGGAAGUUGGCUGGUUGGGUUGGCGUUCCAGUGAAGACGAAGAUUUACUAAAGGCUAUUUCCGAAGCCUGCAAUUUUGACAGGAACCUGCGAACUAACGGCAGUAGCGACAAAGAUUCCGUCCUGUCACAUUCUCCGGGAUCGUUGCAUUCUGACGAAUCUUUGCAAAUCACCGGCGAUGUCGAGAAGCAAGAGAAAAAGCUUCUGAUCAUGGACGCGAGAUCUUAUACCACAGCUGUAGCUAACAGAGCUAGAGGAGGCGGCUGUGAAUGCAACGAGUACUACCCUAAUUGUGAGAUUCAGUUCAUGAAUUUGGCGAAUAUUCAUGCUAUUCGAAAAAGUUUUCACGCUCUGAGACAGUUGUGCAUGUCAUCGGCAGAUCAACCCAAUUGGUUCAGCCUUUUGGAAGGUACCCGUUGGUUGUUGCAUAUGUCCGGUCUCAUCAAGGCGGCCGUUACUUUAACCACAGCAGUGGAAAGGGAUGCAAGACCUGUCUUGGUUCAUUGUUCCGAUGGUUGGGACAGAACACCCCAAAUAAUAGCUUUGGGAGAACUUUUAUUGGAUCCUUAUUAUCGUACUGUAGAUGGAUUCAGAGUUCUGAUUGAAAGGGAGUGGUUAGGGUUUGGACACAAAUUUGCAGACAGAUGUGGCCAGUCUGGAGGCAGUGAAGAUGCAAAUGAAAGAUGUCCAGUGUUUUUACAGUGGUUGGACUGUGUUCAUCAGCUCGUGACGCAGUUUCCGAUUUCUUUCGAGUUUUCUCAGAAUUAUUUGAUCAAGUUGGCUCAGCACACUUAUUCUAACCUAUACGGAACAUUCCUUUGUAAUACCAAAAAGCAGCGCGGGAAAGUGGUGGCUGGCAGAACGUUUUCAGUGUGGGAAUUCUUGAAUUUGCCUUCAUUUAGAAAUCAUCUUUAUACUCCACCUACUACCUCAACAGGAAAAGUUUUGUGGCCUAAAACCAACGUCCGCGAUCUGCGCCUUUGGUCGGAAGUCUACUUAGGGUCGAUGGAGGCAAAUUUUAGUCCCGAAGAGGGAUCUGGCGGGGCUUGUCCGGGCCCCCCUGAACUCAACGGUCACGCCAUGCCGAAGACUCGCUCGUACGGUGACUUAAUGAACGCGGAGACUUGUCAAGGUUUCUACAACAGUAGAAGAAGCAGCGAUCCCAACGUCAAACAGCAGCUAAAGCUGCUGGAACGCGAAAAUGCCUUAAAUACCCUCACGACCGCCCACAACGGCGACCAUCCCAUCGUUCUAGACUCCGCCCCCGAUUUUCUUCCCAGCGACCUCGAGGACAACCCCGCCGACUGCAACCAGGAUUGCAUGUUCAACGAGCACGCCCACCUCCCUACGUCCAACUUGACCGACGACCAGAUCGACGGGCUGGACUUCACAAACGGGGAGUGCCGCAGGGGCACGUCCAACUCGUCCGACGAGGACGCUCCACCCACUUUUCUAACGAACGGCGGCCGACACGCGGCGGAAACGUCCGAGAGGGAGGAGUCGGAGGCGGAACCGCAGGUUUUCGGCAACGGCGAGCGGAAAAGCGAGGAGACCGAUGCGAAAAUCGAACGCAGUGACUCGGAAACGGACGGGUUCAUGGAGAACAACAAUAAUUCGAGCGGUAGCGACGGUAGUGACGGUAGUUCGAAGGGGGUGUGCAAGGGAGGGGAGCAGGUGGGACAGAUGUUGGAUCUGGAAAGGUCGGUGGAGACCAGCACUGAGACGCUGGUGUCUGAGCAGCUUAUGGCUGGUUCCUCGCCCAAAGAAUAUAAUGGAUUUGAAAAAAUUCAAAAACCCCUCCACACUAUGGAUGAUGCAGCUAAUUGUAAAGUAUGCUCUCAAAAUGUGAAAGUUGGCAACGACAAUUGUAUUUACCCUUCGCGUAUGUCCGUCAGUCCAAACGGUUGGGGCGGAGCUUACAUGCACCAUCAUCACCACGCCUACCGGUAUAGGUGUCGGCCCAUUCACUGUCAACUGGGUGAGGAUGGUCUAAUGCCUAUCCGGUCGCCCACUCAGGAGAGAUUAGACCAAAUAGUGGAAGAGCACAGAAAAAAAGUAGAAUUGUUAGAAAAGGAACUGCACACUUCCAGGCAGUAUUUAAUAAAACAGGCUUGCCACAGGUGCCAGAAUGGAGAUAACGAGAAACAAGACGAUAGCUAUAGUAGCUCAGGCAGAUCAUCCUCGAGUAGGAGCUCGUGUACUUCGAAACAUUCGCCCUGUAGUCUCGGGCCCGACCGACCAAGUUCUGUGGUAGAAUCUGUAAACAGCGCCAGCGAGGGCCAAGCGUCUGCCGGGGAAUCACUCAGAUCUGAUUUAUCCUGGGUGGCGGUGGAAGACGGGAUUUUGGCUGAGUGCCAAGGUACUCUCUGGGUACCUGACCACGCCGUGAGCAGGUGUACGGGUUGCGGGACGGAAUUUUGGCUAGGAAGGCGGCGACAUCACUGCAGGAAAUGCGGCAAAAUUUUCUGCGCCGAUUGUUCCGAGCACGCCACGCCCCUGCCCUCGGAGCAGCUGUACAACCCGGUGCGCGUGUGCACCGGCUGCUACUCGGAGCUGAGACGGACGGGCGCCUGCCCCGAACGACCGCCCCUCCUGCCCCACCUCGCAGCCGCCGCCACCAACCACCACGUGGUCGACUCGCCUCCAGACCGAUGUAAAAGGUUGCCGCAGGCGCCUCAGGGCAGCCAGAGGGCCAACACUCAGAUCGCCGCCUCCAGCAAUUAGAUUGCCGCGUGAGUCUGACGUUGCUUCGAGCGUGCACUUUCGUGAUUUUAGCCACCAGGUGGCGUUUUUUUUAUGGGAAGGUAAAGUUUGUUGAUGAAUAGAGUUCGAGAAUUGGUUUGUCGCUACUUUGGAGUCGAAAUGGCGUGUUUUAGUAAUAUAUAGGGUGUCUCAGUAUCCCGUGGACAUAGAACUACUAGGUUUUUUGGAAUCAAACUAAAUUUAUUGAACACAAUUUACCUCAAUACAAAAAAGUGCUUUUUAUCCGUUAGAGGGCCUCAAACUUUAAAAAAUAAACAAAUUUUUUUAAAUAUUUUAAGAACCGAUAUUCCGAUUUAACUGAGAUUUGGGAUGCCUAUAUUUUGCUAAGUGCCUAAACAUUUGAAUAUCACAAAAAUAAACACAAGAAAAAGUACGGGAAGUUUGAAAACUACCUCGACCCCUACAUAAAUUUUAGUAGAAAUAUUUUCCAACUCUACCAUAUUAUUAUAUCCAUUUUACUUAUUCAUAUUUUCGCACCAACUAGAAUUAUUAGCGCAUACUAGAUUUUAUGCGCCUACAAGUGGCUUGAUUUUUUGACAAGGAACAUUUUUUGUAAGUCAUCUUCAGAAAAAAACUUUUUUUCCUUAAAAAGCAUACACGGCGGCGUUGUUUUACAAGAGACAAAAAGUGUAUCAUAUCUAGAAGAACCAUUUUACAAAAAAAAACGGUCGUCGGUGUAAUUGGAAAAUAUUUUCUAUAAUUUCACACUUCCCAUAUUUUUUCUUGUUUUUUUUGUGAAAGUCAAAUGUUAGAGCAGUUGGCAAAACAUAGACACCCGAAAUCUAAUUCAAAUCGAAAUAACGGUUCUUAAAAAAUAUGUUUAUUCUUUUAAGGUUUGAUGCGGAAUUUAACGAAAAAACAAAGCACUUUUGUAUAGAGGUAAUUUGUGUCCAAUGAACUAUUUUGAUCCCAUAAAUGCGUAGUAGUUCUAUGUCCACGGAAUAUUGUUACACCCUGUAUUUGCAUAUGGUUGAGAAUAACGUUACUUCAUUAUUAUUUUAAUAUCUAGUCAAACCUAUAAUGCCCAUGGACAACAAAGGAUUCCAGUUAAAAAAUCUAGUAACAUUUAAUCAGGUUUUUUAUUGAAAAUUUUGUAAAAAAGCAAUAUUGUCAUUUCAACUUCAAAAUAUUGAACUAUCACUUGCGGUACUUUGUUUAUCUAGGAACUUAACUUAAGUACAGUGUUUAUUAAAGGUAGCGGUGACUAUGCACUAAGAAAUAAUAUA